UUUCAACAGCAGCCGAGGGCGAGCCCUUAUCCAGAACUUUGGUAUCCACUAUUAGUGUCGCCAGUUAGCAGCAUUGCGCAACCCCACAUCCGCAUCGAUUUACAUAUUCAGAUUACCUUGUGCAUGGUAGCUGCAGUCAUCUUGGCUCUGGCCGUUGUCUCGGACGCCCUUCCGUACGCCGGAUGGCCCUGGGGAGCUCCCACUGUGGUCCAGGCUAACGUUCUGGCUCACCCAUAUGGAGCUCUGUCACAUGCCGCUGUCCAUGCUGCCUACCCAGCAGCGGUUGUUCAUGCUGCUCCAGUUGUUCACGCUGCUGCCCCCAUUUGGCCAGCUGUUCCAGUUCACGCCCCGGUCCAUGGGCCAGUUGCCUCGGUUGCCCACCAUGCCGGAGUUGUCCCGGGAGCCGUAUCCGUAACAGCUAACCGUGGAUCGGUUCAUGUUGCUCCCCUGCCAGGACAUGCCGUCUCCCAGCAGCAGCUCAACCUGGCCCCAGCCCCAGGAACCAUCUAAGCUAUCCGCCUAGAAGAACUCAGGACUACCCCCACCCAUCUUUCAAGGGCCCCUCCCCCUACAUCUGUCGUUCUAUCACACACACCGCCUAACGUUGAGCAAAAACAAAAGUGCACUCUAUCGCAAAGCCAUAUUUUUUUGGUUAUUUUCUACCGAGAAGGUUUGGAGCUACUCUGUCAAUAAAUUGAUUUCAUUCUUUCCUUCUUCAU